UUCCGCAUGACGUAGAUGAACAGUCAGCAUUCUUUCUUCGCUGUAGUUCACCGUCUGAACCGUCGUGUUGCAACAACAUUGCCAAACCUUUUAGGUCGCUCUUUCCUUCCCACUCCCGGAACAUUAUUCUUUUCAGAUAUACUUUGUCAAGCCGCCAAAGUGGAGAGUGUCGUUGCACAAGGGGGUCCUUCUCGUUUCAGUGUAGGGGGAGGAGGUGGGGGUGCACCUCAGCACUAUCCCAAGACUGUCGGCAACAGCGAGUUCCUGGGGAAAACCCCAGGUUCUAGCGUUCAGAGAUGGGUACCUUCUCGAAGCACUAGACGAGAUGCCAACUCCUCCAACGAGAAAGGGCAAAAUGAUGCAAUCUUCAGGAAAGUGAGAGGCAUACUUAAUAAGCUGACUCCUGAGAAGUUUGACAAACUAUGCCUGGAGCUCCUCAAUGUGGGUGUAGAGUCAAAACUUGUCUUAAAAGGAACCAUCUUGUUGAUCGUUGACAAAGCCCUCGAAGAGCCCAAGUAUAGCCAGUUAUACGCUCAACUAUGUCGCCGCUUGGCAGAGGAUGCACCGAACUUUGAAGACCCAGCAGAAAUUCAAGCAACACAAAAGCAGAAUACUACCUUCAGAAGGCUUCUGAUUUCCAAGCUUCAAGAUGAGUUUGAGAACCGCGCCAGCAAUGUUGAAAUCUUUGACAAAGAUGACACCCCACUCACCUCUGAGGAGGAGGAGCAGCGUGGGAUUGCAAAGCUCAAGAUGCUGGGCAACAUCAAAUUCAUCGGGGAACUUGGCAAACUCAACCUCAUCCAUGAAUCUAUCCUUCAUAAGUGCAUCAAAACACUUUUGGAAAAGAAGAAGAGAGUCCAACUUAAGGAUAUGGGUGAAGAUUUGGAAUGCCUCUGUCAGAUAAUGAGAACAGUGGGACCUAAACUUGAUCAUGAAAAGGCUAGGUCUCUGAUGGAUCAGUAUUUCAGCCGCAUGCGGUCCUUAACGAACAACAAGGAACUGCCAGCUAGGAUCCGUUUCCUGCUGCAGAACACAGUGGAGCAGCGAGACAACAACUGGGCCGCUCGCAAGGCGUAUACUGACAACGGCCCAAAGACGAUCAAUCAAGUUCGUCAGGAUGCAGUAAAGGAUUUGGGUGUUUUCAUUCCACCUUCGAGCGAUGGAAUGAGGAAUGAAUUCUUCAUGGAAAACUCCUCCUUCCUGCCAACAAGGAUCAAGUUUGACCGGGAAACUCUUGGUGGGCUGGCUGAUAUGUUUGGACAAAUGCCUGGAAGUGGCAUUGGUACAGGUCCAGGAGUCAUACAGGAUCACUAUUCCCCUACCAUGGGACGUCAUCGCACAAACCCGCUUUACAAUGGCCACAUUGGGAACGGCAACGGUUCACACCAGCCUCAGUUUGAAGCGGGAAGCAAACCGUAUAUAAAACCAAACCAGGGGCAGAGUUCACCUGUUUUUAACCACAAACAGAAUCACCCAGUGCAGAUGCAGUCUAAGGAUAUGGCUCCACGAUUCGGCAAGAAGGGGAAGGUCAAUGCUGAUGAGAUCAGCCUGAGGCCGGCACAGUCCUUCAUCUUGAGUAAAAAACAAAUCCCAAAGCUGCAACCACAGAUGACCAUGUAUCCUUCAAGUGCUCAAGGUGCCCCACUCGGACAGGCUCCACAGCUUGGCCUGAAAAUCAAUCCUCCUCCAAUUCAGGAAAAGCCUGCAAAGUCCACCAAAAAAGCUCCUCCUACAAAGGAAGAGUUGCGCAAAAUGACAGAAACCUUGGUGGCAGAUUACCUGAACAGUAAGAACGUUGAUGAGGCUGUGAAUGCUGUGAGGGAGAUGAAAGCUCCAAAGCACUUUUUGUCCGAGAUGCUCAACAAGAUCGUGGUCCUUUCACUUGACCGUUCAGAUGAGGAUAAGGAACAUGCAAGCACCCUGGUCCAUGCUCUCUGCACCGAGGGCCUUGCCACUGGUGAAAAUCUAAUGCAGGCCUUUUUGAGUGUUCUGGACCAGUGUCCCAAGAUCGAGGAAGAAGUACCGCUGGUGAAGUCCUACCUGGCACAGUUUGCAGCACGCGCAAUCAUCACCGACCUGGUCAGCAUCGCAGAUUUGGCCCAUCAGCUGGAGAAUGGUGCACAUUUCCCACUGUUCUUGCUCUGCCUGCAGCAGAUGGUCAAACUGAAGGACCGUGAGUGGCUGGCCGACCUGUUCCAGCAGAGCAAGGUCAACAUGCAGAAGAUGCUGCCUGAAAUCGACCAGAACAAGGACAGGAUGCUGGAGAUUCUGGAUGGAAAAGGUCUAAGCUUUUUGUUCCCACUGAUGAAACUGGAGAAGGAGCUGCUGAAGCAGAUCAAAGUAGAUCCCUCUCCACAGUCGAUCUACAAGUGGAUCAAAGACAACAUCUCUCCUAAACUCCACACUGACAAAGGCUUUGUCAACAUCCUCAUGACCAGCUUCCUGCAGUACAUUGCUUACGAGAUCAACCCUGAUGACGACGAAGAGCAGCUUUCAGCGCCCAGUAAGGAGCAGCUGGAUGAGGAGAAGCAGCAGCUGCUGUCUUUCAAGCCAGUGAUGCAGAAGUUCCUACACGAUCACGUUGACCUGCAGGUCGGCGCACUGUAUGCCCUGCAGGUUCACUGCAAUACCAAGGGUUUCCCCAAAGGUAUGUUGCUGCGCUACUUUGUGAACUUUUAUGACAUGGAAAUAAUUGAAGAAGAAGCCUUCCUUUCAUGGAAAGAAGAUGUCACCCAAGAAUAUCCAGGGAAGGGAAAAGCAUUAUUUCAGGUGAACCAGUGGCUGACCUGGCUGGAGACCGCAGAAGAAGAGGAAUCUGAGGAUGAUGAGUACUGAGGAACAGGCCAAAGCCAUGUGUUAUCAGGAUGCAAUGAAUACUUUUUUACUUGUCUCCUUCCCCAUAGCAGCCCUAACUCCUCCCCUCUCUUCUUGUUUGAGUAUUUUCCAACCACUGUUACAAUUCAUUCCACUAUGAAAUGUUUUGCCAGAUCAAGCCAGCAUCACCACCACCAUUAUAUUCAUAUUGUAUUUAUGCUUUCCUUUCUAGUUUUCAAUCUUAUUAGAUGUCCAGCAGCAGAUGUUUUAUACAUUUUACUCUUGGGUUAUGUUUUCUUUAACAGUAGGCAGUAUUUUGCAGGAAACUGUACCAGCACCAGAACCUGGCCCCAUUGUAUCACCUUUUCCAUCUGGUAGGAGUCACCAAGUGCUGCCAUAACUAUUAACUUAAAAACUGUUUACAAAAGAGGAAAGGGUCUAAGAUUGCAAAGAGACUUUCUUGUUGUUUUAUCUGCAUUUGUUAAUCAGUUUUUAGAUGCACUUUGCGCAACAUCAUGAGUCGUUGAAAUAGUAAGACACUUUCCUUGAUUUGUUGAAACAUGCCUAAGUUGCCGUUUUUGGCUGCACGAUUUUUUUUUUUGUGUGUGUGCUUGAAAACAGGCCAUUUUGUCUGAAAAUUCAAAAAAAAAUCUGGAUUUGACGAGUACUAACAAUAAUGGGCUGUUUGAUUUGCACAGUGUGAUUUCAGUUACCCACAUUUAGGUUUAUGAAUCAAGAGCUUUUUUUUGAUGUACAAAACUUUUGUGCUGUUAGGAAUGAAUCUGUGUGGCCUUUUUAAUUUAUCAAUUCAUAUGGAUAUACCUCUAAUGUAUCUCGGACUAUACUUGAAUGUCUCGGUUCUAACAUUGAGACAGCCAAAGCUUAGUUUCCCGUGCAACAGUUGUUCACCAUGUGUGGAAAUUUUACGUCGGUUUGCCAUAUUUGUCAAGUUUUUAAAUGGUCUUUUUAUCUUUAUGAAAUUACAAAGAAUGUACUGUAUGUGUACACUUUCUCCUACAUUUGGGGUGUCACUGUAAUGUUAAGUGCAAGAAGUUUAGUGUACAACUACAGAUCAACCUUGAAUAAAGUUUAACAGUUCAUUU